CUCAAGUCACAUGUCAAGUCAUGUGACAGCGUCAGCCAAUAGCAGUCAAAUCCUGAUACACGUGAACAGCGUGAAGAGGAAGCGAAGAUGGCAGCGGCGGCAGAUAAUUAUGGUGGUUACGGUGGACAACAAGGGUCUGGAAGCUACCAGCAGCAGUAUGGUGGCUAUGGAGGUGGAAGUGGCACUGAUGCCCCAGCAGCUUAUGGAGGACAACAAGGCUAUGGUCAGCAGGGGCAAGUCCAACAGAACUAUGGUUAUGAUCAAGGUCAGUAUUCACAAGGCGGUCAGGCUCAAGGUUCACAUCAAUCUGGAUAUGGUCAGCAAUCUAGUUAUGGUCAACAACCAGGAUACGGACAAGGUGCUCAGUCAGCUGGUGGUUAUGGUGGUCAGAGUGGAUAUGGUCAACAACCUCCAGCUCAGCCCCCAGCUCCACAACAGCAGUCUUAUGGUCAGCAAAGCUAUGGACAGUCUGAUACUUCUGGUGGCUAUGGACAGCAGCAGCAAGGAGGAUAUGGACAGCAGCAGUCAGGUGGCUACGGUGGCCCAGGUGGUCAAUCUGGUGGCUAUGGUGGUCAUAGUGGUGGUCAGUCUGGUGGCUAUGGUGGUCACAGUGGAGGUGGUGGAGGAGGAGGGUAUGGUGGCGGUGGCAGCAACUACGGACAGCAGGGAGGUGGUUAUGGUGGAGGACGCAGCGGUGGAUCAUAUGGUGGUGGUAAUCAAGGUGGAUACGACAAAGGAGGGUAUGGUGGUGGAGCACAGAUGGAGACCCAGUAUGACACCAUAUUUGUGACCAACCUUGGCCAACAGGUAAACGAAGAGGCACUGGCAGCACACUUUGGCUCUAUUGGAGUGAUUAAGAAUGACAGAAGAACAAACAAACCAAAGAUUUUCAUCUACAAGGACAAGAUGACUGGCAUUCCAAAAGGAGAAGCAACCAUUACUUAUGAUGACACAGAGGCAGCUUCCUCUGCCAUUAACUGGUUCAAUGAGAAAGAAUUUAAUGGCAAAAUCAUCAAAGUAGAGUUGGCCCAGAGAAAGGCUUGGCAGCCUGGCGGUGGCAGGGGACGUGGAAGAGGUGGCUUUGAUAGAGGAGGUCGAGGGUUUGACAGAGGUGGUCGAGGAGAUCGUGGUGGCAGAGGUGGUGGAUCAGGUGGUUCUGGCAGACCUGGUGACUGGACUUGCCCUAAUCCUGACUGUGGCAACAACAAUUUCUCUUGGAGGAAUGAGUGCAACAGGUGUAACACUGCAAAGCCUGAGGGUGCAGAUGAUGAUGACGGUGAUCGUCGUGGUGGUUUCCGUGGACGUGGGGGUGGCCGUGGUGGAUUUGGCGACAGAGGAGGCAGAGGAAGGGGAGGAUUUGGUGACAGAGGACGUGGAGGAAGAGGUGGCUUUGGAGACAGAGGCAGAGGAAGGGGUGGCAGAGGAGAUGAUCGUCGAGAUAGAAGAGAUCGUCCAUAUUAAGAUGGAUGAAAGUGCACCAACUCUCUCAUGUGGAAAAUAAUGCAAAUUAAAAUUGAAUGAAAGAGAAGACAUUAAAAAGAGUUGAGCUGGUUGAGAUUUAUAUUUGAAUGAGUUUUUAUUGCAUAUGUUGAUGUCUGGUAUCACCAAAUAAGAAAAUAUAAGGACGUUGACCAUUUUGUCUUGCACUUCUGAUUUCACGUAUGUGGAAAACUAUUUUAGCAUUUGUAUGUUUUAUGUAAAUAGAAUGGUAUCUGAAACUAGUAAAUUUUUUUAAAAAAUAA